GGCCCCGGAGCAGCCCGGCCCGGGGAGGGACGAGCCCGGCCCGGGAGGAGUGACCCUCAGGCCUCGGUAACGGGAGGGAGCUGCGUCCUGAGCGCCCGCCACAUGCCAGGAGGCGGCCCCGGGAUGGACGACUACAUGGAGACGCUCAAGGACGAGGAGGACGCGCUGUGGGAGAACGUGGAGUGCAACCGGCACAUGCUGAGCCGCUACAUCAACCCGGCCAAGCUCACGCCCUACCUGCGCCAGUGCAAGGUCAUCGACGAGCAGGACGAGGACGAGGUGCUCAACGCGCCCAUGCUGCCCUCCAAGAUCAACCGCGCAGGCCGGCUGCUGGACAUCCUGCACACCAAGGGCCAGCGGGGCUACGUGGUGUUCCUGGAGAGCCUGGAGUUCUACUACCCGGAGCUGUACAAGCUGGUAACCGGCAAGGAGCCCACGCGCAGGUUCUCCACCAUCGUGGCCGGGAGGGGCGGCUGGUGUUACUGGAAGAGGCUCUGUGGGCCCUUCCUGGCCGCCACGGAAGGAGGGAGGGAGGGCGUGGCCCAGGUGGGGCCGCAUCAGGGGACCUGGGAGCGAUGCCUCCUGGGCCCCUGCCAACCCUGCCCCCUGGGCGCCCGGCUGCAGAUCGACCAGCUGAAGCACCGGCUGAACAAGAUGGAGGAGGAGUGCAAGCUGGAGCGGAACCAGUCCCUGAAGCUCAAGAACGACAUCGAGAGCCGGCCCAAGAGGGAGCAGGUGCUGGAGCUGGAGCGCGAGAACGAGAUGCUCAAGACCAAGAUCCAGGAGCUGCAGUCCAUCAUCCAGGUGGGGGCGGGGCACGGGGGCCUGAUGCGGGAAAGCUUCUUUACCGGACCCGCCCCACACAGCCAGGGCCUGAGCCGGGGGGCCUGCUGGUCCUCAAAGACCCAGAGAGACUCACCGUGGCGGUACCUGGAGGAGAAGGAAGACCUGGAGCUGAAGUGCUCGACGCUGGGGAAGGACUGCGAGAUGUACAAGCACCGCAUGAACACAGUGAUGCUGCAGCUGGAGGAGGUGGAGCGGGAGCGGGACCAGGUGCGCCACCUGCAGAGAGCCAAGUCCCCCAUCAGCCUGAAGCGCGCGUCCGACUUUCCAGGGAGGGGACAGGAAGAAGAAGGCAUGGACGUCAGCCCCAGCUCCUCCCGGUCCCUGCCCAUCACCAGCUCCUUCCCCAAGAUGGUGAGCAUGGCGCCUCCUGCCCCCACCUCAGGGCCCUGCUUCCCUCUGCAGGCCUGGCGCCCGCUCCCCUCCGGGCUGCACCCCAGGCCUCUUAUGUGUGUAAAGAUGUUUCUGGGCCUCAGGAUGUGUUUCCACCUCCGGCCUCCGCCUCCCCAUUUAGCUCUUGGAUGGAGGAGGCGCCCCCCCGCCCCCCUCCCCCGGGGCUAUGACAGCCACGAGCGGUGCUCCUUUGGACCCCCCUCCAUCCACUCCUCCUCCUCCUCCCACCAGUCCGAGGGCGUGGACGCCUUCGACCUGGAGCAGGUCAACCUCAUGUUCAGGAAGUUCUCUCUAGAAAGACCCUUCCGGCCGUCGGUCACGUCGGUGGGGCAGGCGCGGGGCCCCGGCCCCGCGGUGCAGCCUGCGGUGCAGCACACCACGACGAGCCGGGAGCCCCGGUACCGGACGCUGCUGAAGGACAUGGAGGAGGGCCUGGUGACCUCGGGGGACUCCUUCUACAUCCGGCUGAACCUGAACAUCUCCGGCCAGCUGGACGCCUGCUCCCUGUCCCUGAGGUGCGACGACGUGGUGCACGUGCGCGACACCAUGUACCAGGACCGGCACGAGUGGCUGUGCGCACGCGUUGACCCGUUCACGGACCACGACCUGGACCUGGGCACCAUCCCCAGCUACAGCCGAGCCCAGCAGCUGCUCCUGGUCAAGCUGCAGCGGCUGAUGCAGCGGGGCAGCCGCGAGGAGGCCGACAGCGCCCACCACACCCUCAGGGCCUUCCGGAACACCCUGCAGCCCGAAGAGCCGCUCUCCACCAGUGACCCCCGGGUCAGCCCCCGCCUCUCGAGAGCCAGUUUCCUCUUCGGCCAGCUGCUCCAGUUCGUCAGCAGGUCGGAGAACAGGUACAAGAGGAUGAACAGCAACGAGCGCGUGCGCAUCGUGCCCGGGAGCCCGCGCGGGGGCCUGGCCCGGCCCUCCAUGGACGCCACCAAGCUCCUGGCCGACAGGCAGGAAGAGCUGGACCCCGAGAGCGAGCUCAGCAAGAACCUCAGCCUGAUCCCCUACAGCCUGGUGCGCGCCGUCCACUGCCAGCGCCGCCGGCCGGUGCUCUUCACGCCCACCAUGCUGGCCAAGGCGCUGGUGCAGAAGCUGCUCAACUCGGGGGGCGCCAUGGAGUUCACCAUGUGCAAGCCAGGUGAGCCCCUGGCCGGAGCCCCUCCCCACCGCCAGCUGGGGAGGAGCCAGUGGGCCGCUGCUGACGCGGGGCUGUGCCUGCAGAACAAGCAUUGCCUGCUGGAGGCCGGGAUCAGCUGCACGCGAGACCUGAUCAAGUCCAGGAUCUACCCCAUCGUGCUCUUCAUCCGGGUGUCGGAGAAGAACAUCAAGAGGUUCAGGAAGAUGCUGUCGGCGCUCACCACGGAGCCCGCCGGGCGCGCUGCACUUCGCUGCUUCUUCGCCUGA